AUGGCGGCGCUGCCCGGCGCGGUGCCCAGGAUGAUGAGACCCGGCCCGGGCCAGAACUACCCGCGCACCGGCUUCCCCCUGGAAGUGUCCACCCCUCUUGGCCAAGGCCGGGUCAAUCAGCUUGGUGGGGUCUUCAUCAACGGGAGACCCCUGCCGAACCACAUCCGCCACAAGAUAGUGGAAAUGGCCCACCACGGCAUCCGGCCCUGCGUCAUCUCCCGUCAGCUCCGUGUCUCCCACGGCUGUGUCUCCAAGAUUCUGUGCCGGUACCAGGAGACUGGCUCCAUCCGGCCCGGGGCUAUCGGCGGCAGCAAACCCAGACAGGUGGCGACGCCAGACGUGGAGAAAAAGAUUGAGGAGUACAAGAGGGAGAACCCCGGGAUGUUCAGCUGGGAAAUCCGGGACCGGCUCCUCAAGGACGGCCACUGUGACCGCAGCACGGUGCCCUCAGGUUUAGUGAGUUCGAUUAGCCGAGUGCUCAGAAUCAAGUUCGGGAAGAAGGAGGACGAUGAGGAAGGGGACAAGAAGGAGGACGACGGUGAGAAGAAAGCCAAACACAGCAUCGACGGCAUCCUGGGCGACAAAGGGAACCGUCUGGACGAGGGCUCAGAUGUGGAGUCAGAGCCUGACCUCCCGCUGAAGCGCAAGCAGCGGCGCAGUCGGACCACGUUCACUGCCGAGCAGCUGGAGGAACUGGAGAAGGCCUUCGAGAGGACCCACUACCCGGAUAUUUAUACCCGAGAGGAGCUGGCGCAGAGGACCAAGCUCACGGAGGCGCGUGUCCAGGUCUGGUUCAGUAACCGUCGCGCCCGCUGGCGCAAGCAGGCAGGCGCUAACCAGUUGGCUGCCUUCAACCACCUUCUGCCUGGAGGCUUCCCACCCACUGGCAUGCCCACCCUGCCACCCUACCAGCUGCCGGACUCUACCUACCCCACCACCACCAUCUCCCAAGAUGGCGGCAGCACAGUGCACAGGCCCCAGCCCCUUCCACCAUCGACCAUGCAUCAGGGCGGGCUGGCUGCGGCCGCUGCAGCAGCUGACACCAGCUCUGCCUACGGAGCCCGCCACAGCUUCUCCAGCUACUCAGACAGCUUCAUGAACCCCGGGGCCCCCUCCAACCACAUGAACCCCGUCAGCAAUGGCCUGUCUCCUCAGGUGAUGAGCAUUCUCAGCAACCCGAGCGCCGUGCCUCCACAGCCGCAGGCCGACUUCUCCAUCUCCCCGCUGCAUGGCGGCCUGGACUCCGCCUCCUCCAUCUCAGCCAGCUGCAGCCAGCGGGCCGACUCCAUCAAGCCCGGAGAUAGCCUGCCCACCUCCCAGUCUUACUGCCCACCCACCUACAGCACCACCGGCUACAGUGUGGACCCUGUGGCCGGCUACCAGUACAGCCAGUACGGCCAAACUGCUGUUGAUUACCUGGCCAAAAACGUGAGCCUGUCCACACAGCGCCGCAUGAAGCUAGGGGAACACUCUGCCGUGCUGGGACUUCUCCCUGUGGAAACGGGCCAGGCCUACUAGGGCCCCUGGGGAGACUUUCCCCAGCCAGUGGCCCAUCCUAUCCCUUCCCAACUCCUGAGCCUCCUCACCUCAGUCCCCUCAUCCCCCUGGGGUCUUGGGAGGUCAGGAAAAGAACCCUUUCCCUUCCUACAGCAGCCCUCGGGAGACUGACAGCCAAUGUGUUAUUUACUCAUGGUUAAUGACCCACCGUAGCCCCUUGGGUCUGCCUCUCCGUCUAUCUCCAGAGAGGUUUGUAGCCAUCUUGCAAUGAUCUCCAGCUCACAUCCAUCUUCCAGUGUCAUGGCCUUGGUCCUGUCUCAGCACAGAGGUUGAGGCUCAACCUGAACCGAGCACCUAGUCAUCAGAGGAAAAUGGUGCCAAAGAAAAGGCCCUGGAGUCCUUGACCUCUGAGUCCUGGGGCCCUGGCAGCAGGUACAGGUGGAGCUCAUGGGUAUCUUCAGCCACAGAGCUGGGAGAUGUCUCUUGCUUAGCAUCAGAACUGCAGCCUCUUUUACUAGACACUGAGAUGAACCCCCGGAUAUCCCCAGGGGAGAAAACAGGUACCAUCUCAGCUUUGCCUAGGAAUCCAGAGGACUUCGGGACUGUCCUCACACACCCUGCUGAGCGUCAGGAGACCAGGAAGAGAUUCUAGCGGGGGGCAGGGCACAUGGAAGCAAAGUGUGUCAGCCAUGGGCUAUCCCAGAAUGCCAGGCCCAGGUCCAGCAUCAGGGGCUGCAGAACUCCUAGGCUGCAGUCUGAUAGAGGUUUAUGCACUGCAUCAGGGCCUGGGGAACCCACAGCACCUGUCAGUCUCCUCAGCUGGUAGGAGAAGAGAAGGUCUUGAGGUGACAGGAAGCACAAGAUAGGCUCAGAGGGUCUGAGGGCGCUCAGCCUUCAAGCAUGCACCCCUGGAGUUCUGCACACCGUUUUGCUCGCAGCUGGAACCCAGUGUCAUCCAUGCUGUCCCUCUGAAAGCAAGACUCCACCUUUCAGCAUACAAUGCUCUUGAUGGCACUGGAUGCAGAAAGUCUUCUCAGACUAGGCAGAAUUCCUGGUCUACCCCAGAGAAGAUGCUCCAGUCUCCUUGGCAUCUCAGUGGAAGGCCAUGUCCCUGUUCUUUUUUGAGUGGCAUUUUUCAGUGCUGCCUGCUCUCAGUUGAAAGGCUUUUGUCAUCUCACCAGGCACGGUGCAUCUGGGGCACUGUUUUUAAGCCACCAUCCCUGGGCAGAGGAAGUUGCCAAAAGUUCCAGCAAAGAGGACAAGGCGCCUUCCUUAAGCAUUCUGGGGGCUUUCUUUUUAGAGUUGAGUCUUUGGGGAAAUGGAUUGCUCAAGUCCUCCAGUUCUCUCCUUCCUGAAGUUCUUCAUCACCCUCUAUUUAUCAAAACUGCAUCCAUCUUUAUCCUCUCCCUCACUAUAAUCUACACUCGGACCACCUUCAUCCAGUGCUGGGAUGCCAUAGCACCAAAUCCAGGAAAACUGGGCCUGCUUGCUUGUCCCCACCUGUACACACGAGGCCACCUGCUGGCCCAAUCCAUGCCUCUUGCCCUCAGCCAGCAAGACAUUCCUAGAGAGGGGGCUGCCACUGAAAAGCCCUCACUGACUUCCUUCUGCCUGGGGAACUGGACUGGCAAGAUACUGGGAGACUUGUCUACAUGAACAUGUGACUGAUGAUCACCUAUUUCUCAUCUUUAGACCCAUCAUCUGAAGCCUGUCCUGGGCCAUGACUAGGAUGGCUCGUAUCGGAGAAGCCUACUCAUAACCAGGGACAAAAUGACUCUCUGGUAGCAUUGGGCAUCAGACAGAUGGGGCUCAUCAGCCCGGUCCAGGUUUCAAGAGAGGAGAGUUGUGGGCUCUUCAAGGUCUAGGAAACCACACUGCCCCUUGGAAUCCCAGUUUCCCCCUCGGUAGUUGUCACAGCUGCAAGCACCCCUUUCAGAAGACCAAACGCAUCUUCCUCCACAUUCCUCGCCCCCUGGACACCUGGCUCUGGGUGCACCUGAGUCUCCUCUCACCCAGUAUGAUUCAGGAGCAGGGACCUCAUGCAGGGGACAUCCAAAGGGCCUAGCCCCCACCCAGGGAGCAACAUUCCAGUGCUUGGACCAAGCACAGUGAUCUUCCCACUGGGGUAAAUGCCGCCGAGGCCUGCUUGGAAGAAGACAAAAUGACUUUUCAUUCCAUGCAACACCUCUGAACAUUCCCCAAGCCUCCAUCUUGGUAUAAAACGGGACAUGUGUUCUGAGGGGCCCUUGACCCCCCACAGGCUUCCCCAGCCAUCUCGUGUUUUUUUUUGUGUGUGUGAAUCUGUCCAUCUUGGUCUGUACAACUCAGCCUUGUUUGGGCAGCUUGCAACUUCACCAGAGAGGUGAUGUCAGUUAGCUGAGAGGCACCAGGCCUCCAUCCCUGUGGGUUUGAGGACAGCCUAGAAGAAGGCCUGGCUCCCAGUGGCCAGGCUGGACCAGAAACACCCACCCCCAUCACUGUAAAUAGAGUCAAUAGCAAGAUAAGAGGGCAUCCUCCACGUCACCUCAAGUAGCUACUGGUUCUUCUGUGGAGGUCCCUCUGAACUCAUUGUAUGUUAGUUGAAUUGUAUGGUGUUGUGAUGUAUGUUUAUAGAACAUUGGCUUUUUAUAUAUAAAUCUAUAUACUUAAAAAAAAGGAAAGGAAAAGAAAGAGGCCCCACAGUGUGUGUCGUGCUAGUGCCCAGACCAUCUGUAGGGAUUUGUCUACUGUGUGUUCAGAUUAUGUAUUCCAGCCUUCCUUGGAUUCCUCCAUAUUUUUUUGUCAUCUCCUCCACCCCCAAUUAGGUAAUUCUCUCUUGCUAUGAAAAUGAAAGUACUGAUGGUAAGAGCUAAGCUUCUAUUCUCUUAUUUUGUACUCAGUUUACCUUUGCCCUUUUAGGGGACCAGAAAAAAAAAGUGAAGGAGACAGAAACUGGAAAACCAGAGGGUAGGAAAGAAGAAUGAGGGGAGGGCAGGAGGGAAGGUCAGUUUUGCAGCCGGAUGAUGGGUGUGGUCCAGGAUAGAGCCCAGACUGGCACACUCCACCGAGGUCUGGUAUUGUUUCGCAUGGGACUGGUAGAGUGUGCUAAGAGUGGAGCUGGGCCUUGCUGAGGGACUCCACAGUUGCCAACCAAGAAGACUUUGUGUAGCUCCUCUGGGGGGGCUGGCAUUCUUCGCAGGCCCCUGGACAUGUCCCUCCCUAUCGGAUGCAUUGUAGGGUGCACGAGCAUCCUACCUUCCGCAGAAGCACCCAGGCAAGACCAAAUGGGGGUACUCAGGCUGCCAUGUUGGAAAUGCUUGAAGACGCCUGCACAUUUGAUGUUCCACACAGACAUGGCAGCCCCCUCCUGGGAAAAUACCCUCACAGUGCUGGAGAACAUUCCUUUUUCCCUGGUAACUGAAACGUGGUUGCUUCAGCAUUUGACUCGCCAUUUUUCCUCCACUCGAAGUGAGUGCGUGUGCAUGAGGGGUGUGAGUGGGGUGUGCGCGUGUGGGCGGGUGUCUAAAUAUAAUCGCACCAUAAUUUAUUCAGCUAUAUGGAGUAGUAGACUAGAAAGACAAACUGGUAUUUGCUUUAACUACCUGCUGCUUGUAAGCGCUGCCUCUGUAACUCAGGCGUAACUGUCAUACAUUAAAAGAAAUUAAAAAACA